AAUAGAAGCUCCGCAUUGUGGGAACAGAGGACAGAUGCUCGGGGAGAGUGGAGGUUUGGCAGCGCGGCUCCUGGGGAACGGUGUGUGAUGAUUCCUGGGACCUUGCAGAUGCCAAUGUUGUGUGCAAGCAAGGGGGCUGUGGAGCUGCUGUGUCUGCCCUGGGCAAGGCUGCUUUCGGGGCGGGGACUGGCCCCAUCUGGCUGGACAAGGUGAACUGCAAGGGAAUGGAGUCGUCUCUGUGGGACUGUUGUGCCGAGCCCUGGGGAAACAGUAGAUGCCAGCAUAAGGAAGAUGCUGCUGUGAUCUGCACCAAUGGGACAGAGACCACUGCAUCCCCACAGAAAACAGAAACACCUCGGCGCCCAUCUCUGACAGGUGGGAGAGACAUGGUGCCCAUUGUCAUCUGCGUUGUCUUGGGGGCCCUUCUCUGUCUCGUCCUGAUCAUUCUGGGGGGAAAGGUGAGACGCGCCAGGGCACUGCACAGAGGCUCCGGAAGAUACUCAGGACCAUUGCCUGAUGCUGUGUAUGAGGAGAUUGAUUAUAACUUGAUGAGGGAGAAGUCUGAGAUGUUUGGUCACUCAGUCUCCUACUCAGAGGACUCCGUGAUGAAGCUGCAGUAUUACACUGGGGACCGUAAGGAGGGAAAUUACCUUGGAUCAGCACAAGAGGAAGCUUCCCCUGGGGAUUUCCAGCUGGAUUACGAUAGUGUGGAGGAGCCUGCAUUGAGUACUGCCCAUGUACCUCCAGACAGUCAAGAGACCUUUACCCUGGAUGGAGGUGUCACUGAAGAUGGUUAUGAUGAAGCUGGAGAAGUUCCUGACCUUGCACAUUUUCCUGUUUCUGGACUCACUGGUGUCUCAGCAGGAAGAGAGGAGAACUUGCAGACUUACAGGAACUCACAGACAGAAUGGAGCAUGCCCUGGCUUAAAAGUGAAGGAAUCUUUGAGCCUGUGCAAGAUGACCCAGCCCUUCUUCCUGGAGACACAGUUUAUGAUGACGUUGAAGAUGUCAUGUCUGUGUCAUCAUUCUAAGAAUGGAUUUGUGUUGAGAUAAUAUCCCGUGGGAGUGUAAAUGCUGGAUGAUCAGCAGCCUUCUGUCCAAUAUGCAUACUGGUCCAUAGUAGCCAAAGGGACAACCCCACUUGGAAGUAUUGUGCCUCACUGUUUGAACAGGGUUUUUUGUACUAGCCAAGAUAUCUAAAUGUGACCAAGGAAGGAGCUAUAACUUGCCUUUUCAUUUUGCACUUCUCAGGCUCUCCAGGCAUUUUCUGGGUUUUAUUCUUUAUCAUC